UAUAAUAACCUCGCUAGAGGUCCCGCGGUGGACGGACCCCAGCAAGGAGGCGGAGCUCCGGUGCCAGUACACGCGGCAACGCAACGACCCUGCGCUACACUCCGUCAAGUGGUACCGAGGCACGCACGAGAUCUUCCGAUACACCCCGCACGAGUACGAAAGCACACAAACCUUCAACGAAUCCGUGACCAACAGUUCGUGCAACCUCGAGGAGUGCCGGAUCGUGGUCCGACCCGAGCGGGGCACAGCCAAAUAUACGUGUGAGGUGUCGAGUGAAGGGCCGCGGUUCGCCGUGGAUCGGCGGGCUGCCAAUAUGACACUAGCUGUACUACCAGAGUACGACCCACUCAUCACGGGCCUCCCGACGCUAGUGCAAACGGGUGAGCAGGCGCUCAUAAACUGCACGUCAGACUAUUCGCUGCCUGCAGCUACGAUAGAUUGGUUCGUGGAUUCCGAACCACAGGAGGACCCCCUAAUAACGCACCCAACACACAUAUCCGGGCCCGACAGCGAAGGCCUGCGCGCGUCAUGGCGGACACUGCGCGUAUAUCCGGACGACUACGAAACACACCGGGGCUACCUCGCGCUGCGGUGUCGCGCGACGGUGCCGACACGUCCGCCCAAUAUUAGGGCUAUGUCGGUGCGGCUGUAUGUCGCGACGCGCCCGCAUAUAUCGACGUACAUGUUUAGUAAGAAUAAAGCGGCCGCGGGCUGCGCGCGCCAUCACCUACGCUCGGAGAUGAUCGUGUGGACCCUCCUACUGCUGGCCAGGAGACGAGUGCCUUUGCUACGAGACUAGGUUAUCAUAUCGCACUCUCGCCAGGGAAACUUC